AUGUCUGUCAUAGGGCAGAUUCAAUCGCAACUUUCGGGUGCUUCUUCUCCAUCAGGGUUGUCACCAACCAACUCAUUGAAAAGACCAUCCAAUUUACCAAAGGUCGAACAAACUCGUAGAGAGGGGCCCGUUACGCGCUCGGGUGAUCCUCGACGUGCAACGGAGCCCACCAGCUCCGGCGUACACUUGUAUCUUGACCCAGGAGUAAACAAAGUUCGCUAUCACCCCAGUCGAGAGCCAGAAGCAGUACCGCUCCUCUAUGCUGACUGUGAAGGGUUUGGGGGAGGCACAAACACGACGAACGCGGAACGUAGUGCUCAAGGUCCUCCAAUAAGCCAUUCAAGGCGAAAUUCUGCCUCGUCGUCUAGUCAACAGUCCUUUCGAAGUCCUUGGAGCACUGGAAGAAAUAUCAUGAAUGAGUUAGAAAUUACUUUGCCGGAAAUCAAGAAUGCUGGUAAAAGCGGCGCCGAGCUAUAUUAUGCUCGCUUUCUCUACGCUUUCAGUGACGUGAUCGUCUUUGUUACAAAUCACGACCAGCAGCUACACAAGGAUAUACAGCGUCUCUUAGAGUGGGCUGCCUCUGCCGUUCACAAGGCUAUCAAUCAUCUCCCCAGGAAGACCCUAAUAAUUGUGCAGAAUAUGCCCGCACGACAUGAAAGCGAAUAUUACUCUGAGGCAUUCCACAAACGAUCUCUGCUGGGCUCUAUGGACAACAUCUGGGAAACUUCUAAAGUAUUAGAUGCUUUCAAGAAACGUCACGACAAAGAGUCUUCCAGGAGAGAAAAUGAGAUUCACAGUAAUGAAAUGUUCUUGAAGAUCUUCUUUCAAAGCGUCGAAGUCUGUUACAUUCCAAACAAAGGGUUUGCAACAGCGGCAGAAGUAAUACGCCAGUAUCGUGUUUUACGCAAUCUUAUCACCCAAGCAGUAGAGGCAGGUCAGCAGGCUAGAUCUUUCUCAUGGACACGAUACGAUGUACCUAGCUUAUCGCAUCUCUUCGGUAGAGCCUUCCAUCAUUUUGCUAAGAUAUCAGGUCCUUUCGAUUUCUACACUGCUGCGAGGAAAGACAAUCCUAUGUCGGAGACAAUGGAGGAUCACAUCGCUAAUCUUCUACGGUAUAUGCAAAUUUCAGAUGUCCGGUUGAACGGAUUUCCAUCUGUAGUGGCAGUAUGUCUCAUUUGUUUCGUGCAUCGGGAUUUCAGGCGAGCGGAAUGGCCCACACAUCAGGCCCAAUUGAUUCAGCUAAAGCCUAAGUUUUCUGGAGUCCGUGUACUAACCCUGGAUGGAGGCGGUAUCAGGGGCAUCGUUGAACUUGCUAUUUUGGCAGAAGUUGAGCGCCGUGUGGGACUGGGAGUGCCAAUACGCGAGCUGUUUGACCUCAUUGUUGGAACCAGUACAGGUGGGUCGAGUUACAUAGUUGUCUCCGUUAUCAAGUCAGCAGAACUCGGGGAGGUCUAA